UUUGAGCCUGAAAUAACCCGCCUCAGACAUGGCUGACUGCUUGAGGAAAGUCCCAGAUGUGGAAAUCGACGCGGAGGGGAAAUUUAAAUACAUUUUAGUGAGAGUAAAAGUUAAAGGCGGAACUGACCACAAAGACAUAGUGAGGGGCACAAAGAGUGCUGAGUACCACAAUCACAUCUUUGAAAAGUUGAACCCUGCUAUGGACACUCUAGGUCUGGAGUGUACCUGCCUUGGUGGUGGAAAGAUAGAGCAUGACAGCAGCAAGAAGAAACUAAGAGUGUUUGGAGAGUCUACGGGCUAUGGAAAGGCUGACCAUGCAGUCACAGUGGAAAAACUCAGAGCUGUCUUCAAAGACUACGAGAUCACAAUGGAAUGAAAAAAAAGAAAGCAAGAAGAUGGUGAAGGGCUGACUUUUAUGAUGUCUUAUCUGUUUGCCAUCACUGUGCAAAUAGUUACCUUUCUGUAUUCACAACAAUACUUGUGUUACUUUCUGCAGGAAAGAUGUUUAUCAGAUGGAGAUAAAAAAUAAAUGUAAUAAAGCUAUGUA